UUCAUUCCGGUUGGCAACACACAUUUUCCCACGCGUGCCACCCUACGUUCCGCUCUCUCGAAAAGCGGGAGAGCGCGUCCUUUUCGCACAUCGUCACGAACUCCGGUAUAAUUGCAUGAACCAAACACUGGCACGAAAUUUUCUUUCAGUCAGUCUCUCGCUGUCAUUUCGUUCGGGCAAGAAAUGAGAAGAAAAAAUUCGAGUUAAAAUCCUGUGUACAAAAAAAAAAUCUCUGUGUGUCUGUAUGUGUGUGAUAAAUAGUAGCAGAAGCAGCAGCAGCAGCAAAAGCAGCUGAAAGAAAGGAAAUCAUUUUUAUCAAAAGUGUUUAUCGUUACCACGAACACCACACACAAGACGAGCAAAAAUCAUAACAAAUUACCAAAAGACGCAAAAAUGACGGAAAUGUGUGUCGAAAUUAAAUUAAUAAAAAAUCCGAACACAUUCACCUAACAACUAAAUGUCUGUGUCUGUGUGUAAAUAGAUGCGCUCGCUAAAAAUAGUGCUUUUUAUCGUAUUGCAUUUGCAUCAAAAAAGUGAGAAAACCAAGAUAUAUACAAGUGAUUUGUGUACCGACAUAAACAUAAAAAUAAAAAAAAAAUACGAGCAAAAGUUCCCACAUUAUAAUAAUUCAUCGACACGACAACUAAAGUACUGACGACGACAACAACACGCUUCCUUGUUGUCCUGUGCACAGUCACAUUGUAAAUACAUAUAAAUAAAAAAAAAGUAAAAGAGUCAAGUUUAAUAUAAUAUAAUAAAAAAAAAUGACAGAAGGAGAUAACUACGAUGAUGAGUUGGUGUCAGCGAAUCCCAAUCAACGCAAUUGGCGCGGAAUUUUAAUCGCAGUUUUUGUUAUUAUAAUUGUGUUGGCGCUCAUUGUCACGUCUGUGGUGCUGUUAACGCCCCCGGAUGAAGGUCCGCGCGUGAAAGGCCAUCGCAUUAAAUUGAACGAUAUCAUCAACGGCGAAUACACGCCAGACAAGCUGAAUGGCUCGUGGGUGGGAGCCAAUGAAUUUCUGUAUCAAAAUCAAUGGGGUGGAAUUAGUCUACUGAAUGUCGCAAAACAGACUGAACGAAUAUUGAUGUCAAAUAGCACUUUUAAAUCUUUAUCGCCAACACGUUUUUCCUUGUCAGCAGACCACAAAUACCUUCUUCUAACGCUAAAUGUACAAAAAUUGUAUCGCAACUCGUAUUUGGCGCAGUACGUGGUGUACGACGUGCAUUCGAGCGAAACCAUUCAACUGUCACACAAACCUGCGGAGGAAUCCUCACCGUUUUUGUUACACGCUCAAUUUACGCCCCACGGCCAUUCCCUCAUUCUCGUGCACAAGUACGACAUUUACUACAUGCCGGGCCCAAAGUCAUCGCAGUCAUAUCGGAUCACCAAGUCAGCAGUGCCGGGAAUUGUCUACAACGGGGUACCGGAUUGGCUCUAUGAAGAAGAAAUCCUGCACACAAAUACGGCAUUGUGGCUCUCGAAUGAUGGACAUCUGAUGUUAUACGCGGUAUUUAAUGACUCCGCUGUGAUGGAACAAAAAUACACGUGGUAUGGCACGGACGAUGGAAACAUGAAAUUAUAUCCAGAAGUGCGAUCUAUAAGAUAUCCAAAACCAGGUACUCCGAAUCCAACGGUCAAACUACGAGUUGCGGACUUAGCUGAGCCGAAGAGUAUUCGUACGCGCGAUUUGACUCCCCCACCAUUUUUGAUGAAUGAUGAGCAUUACUUCACGAGCGCUGCCUGGAUCUCCCAAACUGAGGUAUGUGUCGUCUGGCUCAAUCGUCCCCAAAAUAUCUCCAUCGUCACACUUUGCAAAAGUCCCAUGUGGUAUUGCCAGGAGACACAUCGCAUCAACGGCGACAAUCGUGGCUGGGUUGAUAUUCUCUCAGUUCCCUUUUUCUCGCUCAAUGGCAGCUCCUACAUCACAAUUCAACCGAUGCGCGAUGGAGGCGCCGGGCACUUUAAGCAACUCAUCCACACGGAAGUCUCGAAGAAACGCAUCACGCCACUCACGCACGGCCGCAGCGAAGUCAACAAAAUCGUUUAUUGGGAUCAAACGCACAAUUACGUCUAUUUCCUGGGUACGCCGCAACACUAUCCAAGUCAGCAGCACUUGUAUCGUGCGGACUCGUUGCCACCGAAGAGCGGAAUUUCGCCGCGACAACCCGUUUGCCUGACAUGCGAACGGGACAUCGACGACUAUGCGGAUGAGGAAAUGAAGGGUGCCGUGAAAUUGGUGACAGUGAGCGAUGGAUGGGAUGCGGAUGUCGAUAGUGGUGAACCAACAACGCCGACGCCGAAGGAAGGGGAAAAGCGGAAAGUUUCACCGUCAAUUGGUAAGGCAUGCUUAUACCACGACGCCGUUUUCCCAAGCGAGCAAACAAAUUACGCCGUAAUUACGUGUUUGGGACCCGAUGUACCUACCAGUGCCAUUUACCGCAUUUUCCCGGACGAGAACGACCAUCCAUUACAACUCGUCAAACUCCUAAUUAACAACACACGUUUAAAGCAAAAGAUGGCUAAAACUGCCCUACCGCAAGUUCAUACGUUCCCCGUGAUGAUCUCUGGCGGGUAUUACGCACGUGUUCGUCUCUUCUAUCCGCCCGGCUUGCGCGAAGACGAAAUCACGCGGUACCCGAUGGUCGUGAAUAUCUAUUCGGGUCCCGGAACGCAGCUCAUAACGGAAAAAUGGACAGUCGACUGGAACACGUAUCUGGUUGGAACGAAGGAUUACAUCAUUGCUCAAAUCGAUGGACGUGGCUCGAAGGGACAAGGGUACCAGUUGCUGCAUGAGGUUUAUCGACGAUUGGGAAGUGUGGAGAUUUCCGAUCAACUUGAAGUCACGGAAUACUUGAGAGAAACGUUCCAUUUUGUGGAUACGCGACGAGUUGGUGUCUGGGGAUGGAGUUACGGCGGAUAUGCGUCGCUCUUGGCACUCGCGAAUACGGAUGAGCUGUUCCAAUGUGGCAUUAGUGUUGCACCUGUGACGAAUUGGAAGCUUUAUGACUCGGCAUAUACGGAAAAAUUCAUGGGAUUACCGAACGUCACGGACAACUACAAAGGUUACGAAGAAGGAGAUCUCUCGAAGUACGUGGAACAACUUAAAGACAAACAAUUUUUACUUAUUCAUGGCACCGCAGACGACAAUGUCCAUUUCCAACAAAGCAUGAAUUUCGCUAAGGCCCUCGCUGCAAAGGGAGCCUUAUUUAAACAACAAAUCUACCCGGAUGAAGGUCAUUCCUUGUCUGGCGUGAGACAACAUCUUUAUCGAUCAAUGACAAUAUUCUUUGAGGAGUGCUUCAAGAAGCAGGUACCACACGAGAUAAAAUCUGGCCUCGGGAAUGGAGGCAUGGUGGAACCCUCAUAAGAAAUGUCCAUAUUUUAAGUUUUUUCACGGUUAUCCUUUCUUUUCUGACUUUUUCGCCACACUGAAUUGAACUGACA